AUGAAUAAUUAUGCAAUAAUUGAAAACGGAGUGGAUACUAUAAACAACACAUCAACAAGUGGUUUAAUUCAAAUCGAAAUUCCCGAAGAAAACAAUGAGAUCACAUUAAUCGUAAAAGAUCAAACUAAAAACUUGGAGUCGCGUAGUGAAUCCAAACUGGUAAAUAUUGAUCAAGUUAUUGCAGCAAGUCAAGAUUAUGAGAAAGUCGUUAUUCUUACGCGCGACAACAAAUUUCAAGUGAACAAUUCUGAAAUUAGCUUUGAAGAAUCGAGCCCCCGUAGAACUAGUUCAACUCGACUUUUCCCUGAUGAUUUAUUAAUAAUCGAUCCCCGAACAAUUAGUACAACUCGAUUUUUCCCUGAUGAUUUAUUAUUAAUUGAAUAUGAUACUCAGGCUUGCUAUAUUGUAAAUAUUGAAAUAUUGAAAGGAAAAGGGAAUGGUAUUCUCCAAAUGAUUAAUGGUAAUGAACUCGUCGUUUUAAGGCGCAAUGAUUAUCAGAUCAUACCUUUUGAUAAUACGAUAAUCAACAUAUGUAAAAGUAACCAUCGAAUCAAUAUCAAUCAUUUCUAUCCGCCACCCAUGAACAAACUAACCAUAAAGGAAAGAAUUGACGAAAGAUUCGUUGAAGAAUACUUGCGUAAUUGUGUGAAGAAGAGUUCUUUGUUCCUUCUUAAUCGUAACAAGAAGAUCGAGCAAUAUAAUUUCAAUCAUGGUGAUCUAGGAAAUCUAUACAACAAUUCCGUCCUGAAUCAUCAUUACAAGGAAAUUCACAAACCUUUUUACGACUUCACACCGGUAUACGCUUUAUCAACGAAUGAAGAGUAUUUGGCAGUUUCUAUUGAUCGAACUAGAAUUACAAUCUAUUUGGCAACAAACGCUAUCGAAUUAGUUACGACUGAAUUGCCUGUGAAAAAAGCCAAAGCAGAAAGAAUCAUCUUUAUGGAUUUUAUUGCAAACAAUACAAAACUUUUAAUAGUUUUAGAAAGUACUGAAACUGUUAAUGAACUGUCGGAGUUGUCAAUCAGAGAAGAUAUGCAAACAAAAAUAAUUAAAAAUGAAAUUUGGAUUUGGAAUAUACCCGGUACUUUGGACACUGAAUUAAUCAAAGGAACACUGGUUUUGAAUGAGAUUGCACAUGAUUAUUCAAUGGAAUUAUUAGAGACAGAAAAUGCUGAAUAUUUCAAAUUGACAUUGACACCUACUACUGAGGUUCAGCUCAACAAUGGGAUUCUUUAUUUAAUAAGUGAAUACGAUUAUCCCAUACCUAUGAGUUUUCACAAACACUUAUUAGAGUUAGAAGAAAAACCUAACAAUAGUAAAGAAAUUUAUGAUAAAUUUCAAACAAACUGGCACGAUACACAGUGGGAAUUCUAUAAAAUCGAAGAUACAUGUCUUAAGAGCGGAUCAGUAGACGAGAUCUUACAAACGUCAAUGUCAGAAACAGAUAAACAAAAAUGGCUAGUGGUUGGAGAAAAUUCAGUACAAGUUUGGUCACAACAGGUUUACGAUGAUAGAAUAAACAAGCAAACACGGAAGGCGAAUGGCUUUACUGACCUUUCAACGGUUUGGCCAAUGUCAUAUAUAUUAUACUAUUCUUCAGAUUAUACUAUAUUACAACAUGAAGUAAUUAGAAAUGGUCAAGCAAUAGAAACAGUAAGAAUUAAUAUUCAAAGGAAAUCAGUUGAAAACGCGAAAAACAUAGAACUUGUAAUUCCUGUUCAACCUCAAGUGACAAUGGCAAUCGGAUUAUUAGAUACUUUAGUACAAAUUACAGAACAAAAGGUAAACUUAGACCGUGUAACUAGAUAUCUUAUCAAAGCGGAAGACAAAUUGAAAGUUAAGAAACAUUGGAUUGAAUGUUUACAGAAAUUAACAUCAUCAUACAUGAAAAAAGUUAGCGAGAAUUCUGAUAAUUUCCGAAUUUUGGCCACCCGUUUCAAAAUAUUGAAAUGUAUGAUCGAUGUUAAUUUGACUGAAUUCGUAAACGAAAUUCUCGAAGAAAAAGCUCAUGAGCGCCGAUUGCAUAUUCCAGACAGUUAUAAUACAAGUUCAUUGAAAAUUGCAAUAGAGAAAAAACUGGAUGUUGUUGUCGGACUAUUAUGCAACUAUUAUUGUAAAUUUGCCAAUGAACAACCAAAUUGGAUGGAAAAUUUAGUUCAUGCUUUUCCAUAUUUGAGAAGAACCUAUCCAGAAUUAAUAAAAUGCAAGAUUUUCAAUCAGAAAGAGAUCGACCUUGAUAAAUCCUGGAAAUAUUAUCGGCCAGCAGACGACAUCAAUGAAAUACGAUCGUUUUCGGUAAACUUCAAUCUUUUUGAUAAAUUUCGUCAAAAAGCAAUAGAAAGAGCAAAAGCUGCAGGCCAAAAGAACUUUCUACCUAGCAACAUAAAGUAUCGUCAAGUUAUUCUUCCAGGAAUUUUGAUAGAAGAAACAUCACAAAAAGAAAGCAUAGGUCAAGCAUUAGCCAAUUAUUGUAUUAAUUUUAUUUUGAGUUUCUUUUUAUGGGAAAAAGAAUCAUCCAACGAGAGCCCUUUCUGCAAACUUGUGGUUUUUGAUGAUACUGGAGAGAUGUAUGAUAAUCCGGAAAUUGAAGCGAUAAUCGAUUUUCAAUGGCGUAGAAAUGCGUUUGGCUUUCUACUUGUUGGAUUUUUGCUAUACACUCUUUUUGCUUCGACCUUUGUUUGGCUAUCCUAUAAACACUUGAAUUUAAUUGUGUUUAGCCAAGAUGCUGGACCAUUUUUCAAACCACUUGCUUGGAUAUUAUUUAUCGCCGGGUAUAAAGACAUUAUCGGAAAAAUCCGAAAUCUUUUUUCAAUGUUAAUAAUACAGUUAAAAAAUCCUGACCUAUUACGCACUUCGAGCGAAAAAAUUGAAUCAUUUUAUUGCCAGCGUUAUGAGGCAGGUUGCAAACAACAGGUGAUUUUCAUUGGAAUGGCCAAUUUAUUACUUUGGCUUAUAUUUUUCUUUCAAAUGCGCUUUGUGCCAAUGUUUGGAAAGUAUAUUCACAUUAUAGUCAAUGUAAUUGGAAAAAUAUCUGGAUUCUUGUUCUCACAACUUUUUAUCAUUAUCGGAUUUGCAAUCACAAUGUUUAUGCUUUUACGAUUUGCGCCCGGGAUCGGUGUUACACCUAAUAUAAUGAAAUUCAAUGGAACAAUAAUGACAUCAAAUGAUACUUUUCAAAGCAAUGUUACGCUGGCACAAACCCUGGAUUGGCAUGAUUCUAGGGAUAAUUAUUAUUUCACUUGGCAACAUUCCAUUGAAGCUGUAUACUUUUGGAUAUGCGGUCGAUGGGAUCAGGUUGAAAACUGGGAUUUUUGGCCUGUGGAUGUGGUUACCGUAUUAGCCAGUAUUUUCGUGGCAACUCUUAUGCAGAAUUUAUUAAUUGAAAUGCUCUGGAGUCGUCAAAACAAGAUAAACGUGCUCAUUUGCAAGCGCGCUCAGCUUUUGAUCGAUCAUCCGACAAUUUUUUCGAAAGCGAAGCACAUCUAUUACGCCAUCCCAGACACACAAGAUAAAAAAGGUAAAAAGAAAUAUUCGAAAUAUAAAGGCAUUGUUGAAAACCAACUUGGUGAGAUUGCGAUUAUGAACAUAAAGAAAAUUCUGGAUGAUGUAAAAGCUCAGACGAAGAACGUAGAUUUAGUAGAAAGCAGGACUUCAAAUUUGGAGCGUGAACUUUCCGAAGUCAAAGAUCAAAUCGUGGAUCUAAAUCAAAAUCUCAAAGAACUCUUAAAAGCUCUAAUGUCGGAAAAUGUUGAAACAAAAACUGGGAAAAGUUGA